AUGUUUGUUGCAGCAGAGGUAUUAGGAGAGAACGCCAAGAGAGACGAAUGGUGGGAAGCAACAUUAGACACCCUUCCGGUGUAUACACGCCCCUCUCAGUCUUCUGUUGGCCGCCGCACAGCAGAACAAAAUGUACUGUUAGCCAGGCUGCUGCAGAACGGACUUGAAUUCUAUAAAAGGGGGUUGAGACCCCCUUCAGGUUAUCUCGUUCCUGUUAAGCAAAUUAUCUUCUCUACACCGGCGUUGCCGGCGCUGCAGCGAAGUCCAUGGGCGCAUUUCCGGGCGGAUGACGAGGAGUGGCAGCAGCAGCAGCAGCUGCUGCUGCACCUGCAGGAUCGGCUGCCGGCGUCGGAACCACUGCAAGAGGAAGAGCAGCGGGAAGAGCAGCAGCAACAGCAAAAGCGGCAGGAGGAGCAGCAGCAACAGCAACUGCAGCAUGAAGAGCAGCAGAAGCAGCAACAGCAGCAUGAAGACCAGCAGCUACAGGACCAGCAGCAGGAGGAGCAGCAGCAACAGCAGUUGCAGUAG